CCAUUUGCCAUCAGUUUUUGUACGAGCGCAAAAAGAAACGUCGUACAAUUAGAUAUGGAAAAAUUACUCAUAAUCGCUGGCCUGUGCUGUCUUGUCGGUGCAGGACUAGCUUCCUUCCAACGGCAGCCGCUCCUGAUACAGGGCAACUUUGUGCCUCGCAACUCAUCGGCUGACAGAGGCCGCUGCCAAGGUCAACCAGAUGGCACCCUGUUCCCGUCCGCCAACUGCUCCAAUUUCAUGGAAUGCCAAGGAGAUCGGGAGGUAGAGAUCGCCUGCCUGCCAGUAGGUACCAUGUACGACUAUCAGCGUGAAGUUUGUGAUCAUCCAGAGUUUGUGACCUGCUGGACGGAGGAAAAUCGUUGCACUGGCCGAGACAACGGAACGCUUAUUCCUGCCACCAACUGCACCAACUUCAUCAUCUGCAUGAAUGAGCUCGAAAACGAGGAAGUCACCUGUGCGCCCGCCGGUACGCUGUUCGACUAUCAGCGAGAGGUGUGUGACCAUCCAGAGAACGUUCAGUGCUACGAGGGCGGUGCUUGUGCGGGCCGUCCCGAUGGAUCGCUGGCACCAUCGCGCAACUGCAGCAAUUUCUUCCGCUGUGAAAAUGAAGACAUCGCAGAGGAAAUCACCUGCCAGCCGCAGGGUACCCUGUUCGACAGGGACCGCGAAGUGUGCGAUAUCCCGGAAAAUGUGGAAUGUGAUUCGGGACCAUCCGGAAACAGUACCGCUGCGCCACCGAUGCCUACGGAAGAACCAACCCGUCCACCGCUAGACCCUAGCGUACCGACUGAUCUGUGCCGUGGCGUUACCGUAGGCAUGCUGGAGCAUCCGACUGACUGCACGCGCUACGUGAUCUGUGUGCUGGGUCAACCGAACGUACAGCAGUGCCCGUCAAAUACCAUCUUCAUUGCAGAACUAGCAACCUGCGGUCACGGUGAUCCGGUGACGUGUGUGGCUAGCGAAGCUUGGAUUGACGCGUACCUCCGCGCUACUACGUACGUUCGCUAACCGAAUGCUUCGUGGUAUCUGUUCCUUGUUCCCGAAUAAAACAAUAACAAAUGCACCGUGUGCUGUUUGUAAUAAGAAACAUUAUCAUCAGAAAAAA